AUGGAAGCGUCAAGCUCCGAGACUUUAUUAACAGCGGAAACCACGAAAUUAUAUCAAUCUAAAAUCGAACAUGUCAUUCUGACGACGUACGAAACGUUAGAAGUAUGGAAAAAAUAUGAGAGCGAUUACAUUACAUUAAAGAAUACCUUAGAAGAACUAGAUCAGGAGACAGAGUACAAAGUCAUGAUUCCGUUGGGUAAAUUAGCGUUUAUGCCAGGGAAGCUGAUUCACACUAAUGAGAUAAUGGCAAUGCUUGGCGAUAAUUGGUUUGCGGAGCGUUCAACGAAACAGGCGGUAGGAAUCGUAGAGAGGAGGAUUGAAAUGGUGAGAAAAACUAUCGAGGAUCUGGAAAUUCAGCUCGAAAAUCAAAGGGCCAAAGUCGGUUUGACCGCUGAUGUAUUGGAACUAGGAAGCACAAAGAACGUGGUGUUAAAUGAAGAGGGUUUGCCUUUUGUGGAGAUAGUUGAAAAGGAUGAAACGGAGAAUGAAGGACGAGAUCAAGUGAAAAGCAAUGUGCAAAGAAAAUCAAAGGAAUCAGAGAACACUAUAAAGCAAACGAUGAGUGUCGAAGAUGAACAGUUAUUUGAUGCACUUAUUAAAGACGAACAAGAACUUGCGGAAACAAUAGAUUCUGAUGAUGACGAGGAUUUCGAAGUUAGUGGAUCGUCUGACUAUGAAGAUGAACUGGAGGAGGAUCCUCCGCGAACCAAAAAAGUUACAUUUGCCGAUCAAAUUUCAAGUUCAGUUUCAAAGACACCCGAAGAAGCGACACAUUUGCUACCAAGCCGCUCAAUAGUUGAUAUUUACACUCAAAUGCUUAGAAAUACAGGAAGGGAUGAAGAUACUAUUGUUGAAGAAGUCACACAUCGAAUGGAUGCCAGGACGGAAACAAAAUCACCCUCAAAAGAGGAUAAGGUUGACGCGGGCAAAAAAUUUGUACGGAAUACAAAGUUAAAUGCGAGAUCAGAAAAGAAGCUAGCAGUCAAAAGUACAGUAGUAGAGAAGGAAAUACCACGUGAGGAACAAGAUGCUGACAGUAUAGAAAAGGAAAUAUGGAUGAAAGAGAUUGCAUCAGAGUACCAACAAAAACGCCUUAAUUUCAUUUCCCAACAAGGAGGGCUUUCGACAUCCUUGGAAAGUAAAACUUAUGGGGUUCAACCUCAAGUCCAAGACACAAUGGCUGAUAAACCAAAAAAGGUUUCACGAUUUAAGGCUGCCAGGCUAAAAGCUCAAUUGGAGUGA